UGACACCCAAAGCUAGACCAAUCAUAUGCAUCCCCAAACCCCAAAACAGUCAUACACAAUAGUAUUCAAACAGUCAUAUUUCCUUUUCUCAUUGAACUUUGUAGGUAUUUUAUUGAGAGAGAGAUAGAGAGUCAGAAAUAUACUAUGCAUGUCUUCUAUGUGGAGUCCAAAAAGCCCUAGGAAGAUGAGAGGGUGGAAUAGUUUCCGAUAUACAUUCCAUCCAGCGUUUACUAGUUGACCCCAAAAUACCCUUUACACAUUAUACACAUGUAUCAUCCACUAAACAAGAAGAUCAACAAGCAAGAGAGCAACGUACAAAAAACUCAAAAAAAAAAUCUGUCAAAAGUAUUAGUUUGAACACAAAAAUGGAAGCAGAAAGAGGAGGGUUACCGAGCUACGAGCUGCAAGUAUCUUUCGCUGCCCCGCCAGCAAUUCAAGAAAUGGGGUUUGUACAAUUUGAAGAUCAUAACCAGGUUAUGAGCUUCUUGGCUCCUUCACAACAGCCUUCUCAGAUAUCUCAGCCUCUUAGCGGUGGCGGCACCACCACCAACCACCACCGCAGCAACGACAACGACAACGAUGACAACAACGCUAUGGGGUUUAGCCAUAACAGACCUGCUUGGAAUAAUGACCAGGUUGGGCAAUUGGAUCCCAAGACUGUUAAUGAUGAGAAUUGCAGUGGUAAUGCCAACGAUGCUAGCACUUCAUGGUGGAGGAGUUCAAGCUCAGAGAAGAGCAAGGUGAAAGUGAGGAGAAAACUGAGAGAGCCAAGGUUUUGUUUCCAAACAAGAAGUGAUGUGGAUGUUCUUGAUGAUGGUUACAAAUGGAGGAAAUAUGGACAAAAAGUUGUCAAGAAUAGCCUUCAUCCUAGAUUGUUUGCAGGAGCUAUUAUCGUUGUACGCAUAGUAAUUGUCGAGUGAAGAAACGGGUUGAACGAUUAUCAGAAGAUUGUCGAAUGGUGAUAACAACGUAUGAAGGUAGACACAAUCACUCUCCAUGUGAUGACUCAAAUUCAUCAGAACAUGAAUGUUUUUCUUCAUUCUAGUGGCUCAUUAAGUGAACAAAAGCAAUGUUGUAAUGAGUAUAAUGUACAAUUAAAGUCUGCAUCAAUCUUUAUUAAGAUUGAGUGUAUCCCACAUAAUUAGUUGUUGUAGAAAGCUUGUUUUCUUGAAUAUUAUCACAGUAGUAAGAUAUUGAACAACAUUAUAUAUCUUCUAUACAGAUAUAUGUGUCCGCGGUUGGGUUUGUAACCAUUUUACCCUCCAAUCAUGCUUGUAUAAACCAUUUUCAGGGGUAUUCUAUGUUUGUGUAUAUAUAUAGUUCCCAUGAAAUCAAAAUACUAGGAGCAAUUAGAACUUUGCAAGA